UAAUAUUUGUCCAAACCAAAGACAGUAGGGCUCUGCCCCCUGGGAGAUAUAAAUUGGCCCAGGGCUGCUCUGCUUCUCGCUUGGCCUGAGCCACUCCGAGCUCCCUGCCCACCAGCAUCAUGGCCAAGGGUUUCUACAUUUCCAAGACCCUGGGCAUCUUGGGCAUCGUGCUGGGUGUGGCAGCUGUGUGCACGAUCGUAGCCCUGUCAGUGGUCUAUGCUCAGGAGAAGAACAAGAACGCGGAGAACUCUGCCACAACUCCCACACUGCCUGCCACUACCACCCCAGCCACCACUGUAGAUGGAAGCGAACCUUGGAACAAGUACCGCCUACCCAAGACUCUGAUACCUGACUCCUACCGGGUGACUCUGAGACCGUACCUCACCCCCAACCCACAAGGCUUGUACAUCUUUCAAGGUAACAGUACUGUCCGCUUUACCUGUAACGUGGCCACAAAUGUCAUCAUCAUCCACAGCAAAAAGCUCAACUACACCCAAAAGGGAAACCACUUGGUGGAACUGCGAGCCCUGGGUGGUUCCCCAGCACCUAACAUCAUCAAAACUGAGCUGGUAGAGCGUACCGAGUACCUGGUGGUGCACCUGAACGGACAGCUGGUAGCAGGCCAUCAGUAUGAGAUGGAUAGCCAGUUCCAGGGGGAGCUGGCCGACGACCUGGCUGGCUUCUACCGCAGCGAGUACGAGGAGGAUGGCGUCAGGAAAGUGGUGGCCACAACGCAGAUGCAGGCUCCUGAUGCCCGGAAAUCCUUCCCCUGCUUCGAUGAGCCAGCCAUGAAGGCCAUAUUCAACAUCACACUCAUCUACCCCACUGGCUACACAGCCCUGUCAAACAUGAAUCCCAAAGAGACAAAGCCCUUUUCGGAAGAGUCUGGAUGGACCAUCACGGAGUUCUAUCCCACCCCCAAGAUGUCCACAUACCUGCUGGCCUACAUUGUGAGCGAAUUCACUUAUGUACAACUGGAGAACCCAUCCGGUACUGUUCAGGUUCAAAUCUGGGCUCGGCCCAGUGCCAUCAGAGCGGGCCAUGGUGAUUAUGCCCUGAAUGUGACAGGCCCCAUCCUAAACUUCUUUGCCCAACAUUAUGAUACACCCUACCCUCUACCUAAGUCUGACCAGAUUGCCCUGCCCGACUUCAACGCUGGAGCCAUGGAGAAUUGGGGGCUAGUGACCUACCGUGAGAAUGCCCUGCUCUUCGAUCCCCUGGACUCCUCCAUCGGCAACAAGGAGCGGGUGGUCACCGUGAUUGCUCAUGAGCUGGCCCAUCAGUGGUUCGGCAACCUAGUGACAGUGGCCUGGUGGAAUGACCUGUGGCUGAACGAGGGCUUUGCCUCCUACGUGGAAUAUCUGGGUGCUGACUAUGCAGAGCCCACCUGGAAUCUGAAAGACCUCAUAGUGCAGAAUGAAGUGUAUCGUGUGAUGGCCGUGGAUGCACUCGCCUCCUCCCACCCGUUAUCCAGUCCUGCCGAUGAGGUCAACACGCCGGCCCAGAUCAGCGAGCUGUUUGACAGCAUCUCCUACAGCAAGGGAGCCUCAGUCCUCAGGAUGCUGUCCAGUUUCCUGACAGAGGACCUGUUCAAGAAGGGCCUUGCAUCUUACCUCCAUGCCUUCGAAUACUCCAACACCGUUUAUCUGGACCUGUGGGAGCAUCUGCAGAAGGCCGUGAACGACCAGACAGUAGUCAAACUCCCAGGCAACGUGAGUACCAUCAUGGACCGCUGGAUUCUACAGAUGGGCUUUCCCGUUGUCACUGUGAACACCGCUACAGGAGAAAUCUCCCAGGAACACUUCCUCCUUGACCCUGAGUCCACUGUUACCCGCCCCUCUCAGUUUGACUACACAUGGAUCGUGCCCAUUCCGUUUCUCAAAAGUGGAGCGCAGCAGCGGCAGGAGGGUCACUACUGGCUGGAAACCAAGAGAAGCCAGAAUGCUGACUUCAGGAGCUCUGGAGCCAAUGAGUGGGUCUUGCUGAACCUGGGUGUGACGGGCUACUACCAGGUGAACUACGAUGAAGGCAACUGGAGGAAGAUUCAGAAUCAGCUGCAGUCAGACCUCACUGCUAUCCCUGCCAUCAAUCGUGCGCAGAUUAUCCAUGACUCCUUCAACCUGGCCAGUGCUCAAAAGAUACCCGUCACUCUGGCGUUAAGCAACACCCUCUUCCUCUACAACGAAACAGAAUACAUGCCCUGGGAGGCUGCCCUGACCAGCCUUAGCUACUUCAAGCUCAUGUUCGACCGCUCCGAGGUCUACGGCCCCAUGAAGAAAUACCUGCUGAAGCAAGUUGAGCCCCUCUUCGAGCACUUCAGAAUUAAAACCAGCAAUUGGACCAUUCGCCCAGAUACACUCAUGGAACAGUACAAUGAAGUUAACGCCAUCAGCACGGCCUGCUCCAGUGAUCUCCAAGAGUGCAAGGACCUGGUUUCUGGACUUUUUAAUGAGUGGAUGAGAAAUCCUGCUGUUAACCCGAUCCACCCCAACCUUCGGUCUACUGUCUACUGCAAUGCCAUUGCUUUUGGCGGCGAGGAUGAGUGGGACUUUGCCUGGGGACAGUUCCGGAACGCCACUCUGGUAAACGAGGCAGACAAACUCAGAACAGCCCUGGCCUGUAGCAAGGAUGUGUGGAUUUUGAACAGGUACCUGAGUUACACUCUGAAUUCUGAGUACAUCCGGAGGCAGGAUGCCACCUCCACCAUCAUCAACAUUGCCAACAAUGCAGUGGGGCAAUCUCUGGUUUGGGACUUUGUCCGGAGCAACUGGAAGAAGCUCUUUGAGGACUACGGAGGAGGAUCUUUCUCCUUUGCCAAUCUCAUCCAGGGAGUGACCCGGCGCUUCUCCACCGAAUAUGAACUGCAGCAGCUGGAACAGUUUAAGGCGGAUAACCAAGACACAGGCUUCGGCUCGGGCACCCGGGCUCUGGAGCAAGCUCUGGAGAAGACGAAAGCCAACAUUAAGUGGGUGAAGGAGAACAAGGACACGGUAUUCCAGUGGUUCACAGCAAACAGCUAGGAAUGAGACCUGGACCUGAGAGCCACUUGGUCCCUGCGACACCAAUCAACUCUCUCCGCAGUCUGUGCAGGGUCUCUGUCCUCAGCGCACCAUACACCAGCAUCCUACCCUCAAGGACCCUGUGGAGCCAGCCUUGCUUCUAUUGGUCAGGCUGCUCUGACACCGCCCAGCCCUUGCCCCUCAUGCCAACUCUGCCCCAGGCCCAGGCCUCUGGGGCUGAUCUCAGGGAAGCCCAGCUUUGAGGCCAGAUUAAGAAGACUUUACUGGACCAACGGCUGCCCGGAUAGAGUCACCCUGCACACAUUACCGCUUUCCCCACAGGACCCAGAACCAAAGAAUCAACAGGGCACCAAGAUCUAUAUAUAUUUUUAAGAGAAAAUGUAAAUAAAGAAUUUCUAAAA